CAACUGCACACAAAGAGUGGAAUCGGUGCCAAAUAACGGUACACUUGUCUUGAGAACGCGCCUAGAGAACGAUUUGAUGCUUACAAAGUUUUUUCCUUUGCAAACAUGCCCCGUGCGUUCCUGAUCAAGAAACACCCAGCUUUUGGGUGUGUUGGCGAUUCCGAAUCAGACCUACCUUGUGUGCAAGACUCAUCCUGCUUUGUUACACCCGUCAAUGGCGACUUUCACUCAGUCGCAGUCAAUCUGGAAAAUCGGGAAAACAGUUUCGACUACCUCGCCAUGAGCCCCGGGGGUAAGACUGCGGAGAGCGAGACCAGCCCGGGGGGUGCCUCUCGCCAAAGUCCCUCUGACACGGGAGUUAACAAGGAGUCAAGUCAGAGACAAAUUGCCACUGAAAGAGACGAAAAUGGAAUCAUCAGAAAUUCGGAAAACGAGACAUCGAAGGAAGGGGAAAUGGCGGAACGAUUAAACAGCAGUUUGGUUUCAAAUGAGACGCAAAACACUCCCAAGAGCGCGUUCAAGCCGAUCGUUAGACCAUGGUUAAUUGAACCCGUGCGUGACAAGAUACCCUACGGGAAUCAACAUGUUCUUCGUGCUAAUAGCUGCCCAGGGGAUGUAAGGCGAGGGGAUAUCAGCUCGGACAAUUAUCUACCCCUCCCGGGUAAAGAAGUAUACCCCCCAAACUGCCUCUCCCACCUCGACGCUAUUCGUUUGCUGCGUCAACGAAGCUCGUUCUAUCAAACAUCGGCGUUCCAUUCCAAAGCCAGCCCCUAUCCGAACAUAAACGCCUGGCUGGCCUGUCUCAGAAACAGCCGACCUUAUCAAAUGGUCAGCCUCCCACAAGGAGGAAUGGUACCCAAAACGGACCAAAUAUACCCCGCUACCCAUUCGCAACCCCCCAGAUACAACUGUGAAGCAUGCAGUAAAAGUUAUUCCACAUUCGGCGGACUUUCCAAGCAUAAACAAUUCCAUUGUACGUCUCAAAUAAAAAAAGACUUCAAGUGCAAAUUUUGUGAAAAAUCCUAUUCCUCUUUGGGCGCCCUGAAGAUGCACAUCCGGACCCACACCCUCCCCUGCAAGUGUAAGCUGUGCGGCAAGGCCUUCUCCCGGCCCUGGCUGCUCCAGGGUCACAUCAGGACCCACACGGGGGAGAAGCCUUUCUCCUGCCCCCACUGUGGCCGGGCGUUCGCGGACCGAUCCAACCUCAGAGCACAUCUCCAGACCCACACGGACAUCAAGAAGUAUGCCUGUAAACUGUGCACAAAAACCUUCUCCAGAAUGUCAUUGCUGUUAAAACACGAGGAGGGGAGCUGUACCGGGAUGGUUCGGAGAACGUGAGGGGGACACUGUAGUGGUCCCUGGGGUCGGGGAGGGGGAGGGGUGGACUGACAAUUAUAUCAUUGGAAAUUGUAUGAAGAACCAUAAGGCCGUCAUUUCUCCCGGACAAUUAUACAUAUUUCGUUGCUGUAUAUAAUAAACAUAUUUUUGAACCCGGAAUGGGUUUGCAUCGUGCUAAGAACACAGGUUAGUAAAUUAACAGGAAUACAACCGCAAGACAAAAUGCGAAAAUAUUGAUGCUUUAGAAACAAUUCCAGGACCAAUUGGUAUGAUUUAUCAUUAUAUCCAGAUGUGUAUUCCCUAUGAGAUUGACGUCUCUGUUCAUUCACGUCUUUGUCAGUUAAAUCAUGUAAAUGUGUCAACCGUAGUUGAUGUAAGAGUAGGUCAACUGUUUUGUGAAAUUCAGUGUAUCACAUUAUGUCUGUAAGAAUGUAUAUAUAAAUACCUUUGUGUCAGUGAAAGGGAAUAUGUAUAGGCAUGUAGCUAUC